UGUGUUGCCUCCAUUGGACUCUUGGCUGCUUUUUCUCGAGCCAACAUGAGUCAACAUUGUACUAAAUUUGCUGGCCACUGGAAGAUCAUUGUCUGGGAUGAGGAAUGUUUCCAGGGGAGACGACAUGAAUUUACCUCCGAAUGCUACAACAUCAUGGAGUAUGGAUUUGAAACUGUUCGAUCUUUCAAAAUAGAGAGUGGGGGCUGGGUUGGCUACGAACAUUUAGGAUUCCAGGGUCAGCAGUUUGUGCUGGAAAGAGGAGAGUACCCCCGCUGGGAAGCCUGGAGUGGCAGCAAUGCUUACCAUGUGGAGAGAAUGACUUCCUUCCGGCCAAUUGCCUGUGCUAACCACCGUGACUGUAAAAUGACCAUCUUUGAGAGGGAGAACUUCCUGGGCAGGAAAGGAGAGCUGAGUGAUGACUAUCCUUCACUUCAGGCCAUGGGAUGGUGUAACAAUGAAGUUGGCUCCUUCCGUGUUCAUUCUGGCGCCUGGGUGUGCUACCAGUAUCCUGGCUACCGUGGAUUCCAGUAUAUCAUGGAAUGUGACCGUCACUCAGGAGAAUACAAGCACUGGAGAGAGUGGGGAUCCCAUGCACAAACCUUUCAGAUUCAAUCCAUCCGCAGAAUUCAACAGUAACCCUCAUUCACAUCUAAGCAUCACUGUGGCCUUUUAACCUUAAGCUCAUGGAGUACCAUUUAAAAAAAAGAAUAAAGCAUUUUUUUGUUUAUUGCCUUA